AUGUCCGAAUCCAAGUCUGAGAAUGUUCAAGGUUCUUUACAUAUUUCUAAACGCUUUACUAUUGAUAACAAUACACAAGUACAAUCUGCUAUUAAAGAAGCUGAGAUAUUAUUCACAAAACAACAAUUUAUAAAAGCAAAAAUAUAUAAAGAAAAUGCAACUACUAAAAAUGGUCUUAGUUGUGUAUCCAAUUGGAUAUCAAUUUCAGACAAUACUUCUAAGAAAAGAAAUAAAAAAUGA